AUGACAGUCCACAGAGCCGUAAAACGUUUCGAAGAGCUUAGACAUGACUGUGACAGACCUAGAAGUGGUCGUCCAGCAUCUGUUAAGACCGUGGCCAGUCGUCAGAUGAUCAUGAAGCGCUUCAAGCGAAAUCCACGGACCCCAGUACGAAAAAUGGCCCGGGAGGCGGGAAUCAAAGAACCUACUUUGAGGCGCAUAGUGGAAAAGAAAAUUAAGAUGAAGCCGUACAAACUCAAAAAAGUUCAGAAGCUAACUGAAGAAAACAAGGCGGUACGUUUCAAAAGACGUAAACUGCUUCAGCAGCGGGCCGCUGGUCAAAAAUGUGAACGAAUCCUUUUCACAGAUGAGAGGAUAUUUACAUUUUACAGAGGCCUACAAUCCCCAAAAUGACAAAUAUUACUCAACAGAGCCUCCUAAAGCUCAACCCAUCGUGGCAGGUCGUCAACACCCUCGGGGCAUUAUGGUUUAAGCCAGUAUCUGUGCUUCAGGCAAGAUUUCUUUGAUUUUUGUCGAUGAAGGCGUAAAGAUCAACAAAGAAGUGUACCAAAGGGACAUUUUGGAAGCUGUGGUACUCCCUUGGUCCCGAGAACACUUCAAGAACACCAAAUGGACGUUUCAACAGGACUCUGCCCCAGCCCAUAAAGCCAAACCAACACAGGAGUGGUGUCGGGCCCAUUUUCCGGACUAUAUCACCUCAGCUGAAUGGCCUCCGUACUCCCCCGAUCUCAACCCGAUGGAUUACAGUAUUUGGUCGAUAUUGGAGGCAAGGGUGUGUUGUAGAAGACACCAAACUUUGGAGUCUUUGAAACAAGCAUUGAUCGAAGAGUGGGACAAACUUUCGCCUCAGGACCUGCGGUCCAUCGCUGAAAACUUUGUGAAGCGUUUACGCCUCUGCGUAGCGGCAAAGGGGGGCCACUUCGAAACCGCUUGA